UACUAGUAAAAAUGGUAGUUUUUGAGGUUAUCAAACUAACCUAAAUUGUUAUUGUUGUUUAUUUAUUAUUUAGUCGAAAUGUAUGCAAUUGUGGGGUUUCUGGAAGACUUGCAUGAAUAUUUGACGGGGACGAGGUGCAUGCAUGGUAAUAUAAUUCGGAAGCAUUCGAAAAAACUUGAAUUGGGUGAUAUUAGUUUUCCUCUGGAUAUAAAGAAGUGGUCACACAUUAUCAACAAAAGUAAACUAAACGAAGCCAAGACAAUCUUUGAUUGUCUCGAGUUUAAUCAAGACUUAAACACACAUCUCGAUUUACUCAUAAAAGCGAGCAAUCGGUGGCCUCUGGUGCUUGAUAGUUACAAAAUCAAAGACAACGAUGUUCACUUCCAUUUGAAGCGUUUUUCAGCAAUAAGUGUCUCGAUUCGGUGUGUUUUAGAACAAGGCAGCAAUUAUGGCUUCCAAUCUAAGUGUUUUGAAAGUCGAAUAAACCUCACAAAUGACGACUCUGUGCAGCCAGACUUGACAAAAAUGACACUCACAGAGUUAAGAGCGUUCACAAUACGAGACGUAGCAACAAAUAUUUUAAACAAUCUAACAAGCAAUAUUUCGUUUGACUGUGAUAUUAAAAUAACACUGAAUUCUAAUGAGAAAACCGAAAAUGUGAUAGUUUGUGGGUCAGUUUUAAAUGAUAGGGGUGUGAAAGACACUCAGACCACUGCAGAUGAACUUUAUAAGAAAAGAUCUCUAGAUAUGCAAUUAAUGGCUCAGCACAAAUAUGGGGUUCAAAUUAAGCCCUCCUGGCGCGACUAUUUUGAAAAAUUGGGUAAAGCGUCUGUGAUUUUGGAAAUGUUGCAAAAUAGGACACACAAAUCGUUAAAAAUCACAUUAAAUAGUUUACAAACUGCCAAUAAAGGUCCUUCUUUUAUUUUUUACAAUUGUGCUAGAAUUGCAGCCCUUUUGAGACAGUUUGAUGAUCAAGUUGCCAAUAAUGUGUACCCUGAACUACCCUUGAUUGAUAGUGUUGAUUUUGCUUUGCUCAAUCAAGCUGAGGAGUGGGAGAUGGUAUAUGUGUUCAUUCUACAAUUUCCACUUGUUGUUGUUAACUGUGUGUCUGAUAUUAAAUUAGGGGUUGUAAAUCUUCACCAGCUGGUGUUCUUUUUAUCCAGUUUGUCUUCAGUGUUCAGUGUCUACUACAGAAGAGUUAAAAUAUUAACAUGUUUUGCAGAGUUCAAAGGAGCAUCUACUUCCUGUUUUGUUUGCAAGAAUUUAUUUAAUAAAAGCAGUUCAGCAGGUGUUUCAUACAGCGUUACAUUUAUUAAACAUAGAACCAGUUAAAGAAAUGUAAAUUGUUAAAUUGUUGUUUGUAUUUAUUUAUUUAUUUUGUGAUACAAUUUUUACUUAUAAAUAGAAAAUUUUAUUAAAA